AUGAGUUUUACUGAGGAAGAGAGAUCUGAGUGUGUUACCACACCGCGUUGCUCAAAAUUUAAAAGCGAUGACAUGUGGAUACAUGCUCCUGAUGCAAGGCGAGCUACUAAGAUGCUCAUAUUCUAUGAUGAAGAAGAUAUUGAUUGUGUGGAUGAUUUUUGUACAUCUAACACAACUUUUACUUCAUUAAAUAUAGAUGACGUUUCUACUCCGAAAAUUGAAAAAAAAACUGUAAUUGACUGUAGGCCUAGUAUAUUGAGUACUGCAGAUGCACAUAGAUUAUCAAUUGAUGAUGAAGAUUAUGAAGGGGAUAUAUUUGAUGACAAUAUAAACUAUGCAGUUCGGCAUAACUGUAUUUCACCAGAAUUAACGAAAAAGAUAAAGUGCCCGAUUACAAUAAAUAAAAGAAGGCGAGAUUCUUAUGGUGAUUCACUUGAACUCGCUUCAAUUAUGCGUAAGAUAUUAAAGAUAUCUUAA